GGGCCUGGGACGUGUAAGUCCUUGAAGUGUGGCGACAAAUUACGGGACAGGGCGCAAACCACUUCUUUAGGGCGGAGAGGGGUUGAAAUCGAUUUUGUUUCAAGACAGUUCACGUGACAGAACUCAAGACAGAACGUUUAGACGCCCAGCAACGAUUCGAGUUACAUAUGAGCCAAGUGAUAAGAAACGCCGACACCUCAUCAAGAGCCACCCCGGAACAGCCCUUGUCACAGCAUUUCAGUUGGCCGUCCAUAGUGUCAUCUCGCUCGCACUGAACACAACAUUCAAUCGAUAAACUUAACAGUGGGCUGCCAACUUAAACAUAAAUGUAUGAUGCUAACUCAGCGGUCAUUGGGGCUAGUGACGAGUAGACUCAGUAGCAGUCGCAGUGUCAGCGUUGAGACGUCCAGACGGAAAUGUGCAAACAUUAAAAGCGCCACAAAUUAUAUUCCGCUGUGCGCUUGUGUGUGUCCUGUGAAAUGUGAAAAUGUUAAAAUGCAAUGCACAUAAAUAAAUGCAAGUGCUGCAACGCAAAAACAACGCAUCUUCAAACUGAAAUUCAACAAAUAAAAGCGAAAGCCAAGUGCAAGUUGAGACGAGUACAAACAGUUGCCGUUUUGCCGUUUUGCCGUUGUACUUAGUGUGAGUAUUUGGCAACGGGCGUUAACGAAGGCGCAAGCACACAGGCUUGAUGAUAAAUGCAGCCGCUGACAAUUAAUAUGGAAUCGAGCGAAAUGUCGAAACGAGCAUUUGGCUGAGCAUAAAACAUUGCGCAUACGCCGCGUGGUCCGCAGAGGGGGAAACUCAUAAAUGAAUGCUUUUAAUUGCGAAACAAUGACGUUUGCCAGAACAAAUACGGAGAGCAUAAAAGCAACAACGGUUGCUAGAUCAACGGCAACAACAACAAAAACAAAAACAAACUUUUUGACCAGCUGCAGCUGUGAAAUUUGUGAAAAUCGCGAAAUUUGAGCCAGCAGAAUGCUGCUGAUGCCAACAUCGUGUGGCCCCGGGCCGCCAGCGGACGCACACGCCGUUGACCCUAGCCCAGCACAGGAACGUACACGCAGUCGACUGCGUGAACUGGCAGAGACCCAGAGCCCAACUGGCCUGGCAACAACGGGCAUUCCCAAAUGGCUUCUAAUGCUGCUCAUGCUCAUUGCCAUUGUGGCCCAAACGCCGCAGAGCCAAGUGGCUGCCGAGAAGAGCAAACACUACUAUAUGCAAUCGCUGUGCAAGAAUCACUUUCUACAGCAGCUUUAUCGAAAAAUUGAUGGCGCCGUCCUGUGGUCCCAGAACGAACGCAACCUGGACUGUGUCAUCACCUUUCAGACGCACUCGAUUCUGCAGCGCUUCAUGCUGCGCUUCGACAUGCUCCAGCUGGACUGCAAUGAUCAUCUGCUCGUCUAUGAUGGAGCCCAUGCCGUAUCGACGCCCAAGAUUGACAUCUCCUGCCGCAACACGAAGAACACGGUGAAUGCGAUAUUGACAAGGACGAACUUCGUAACGCUGAAGUACGUGACCGAUGGCUGGGGAACAGAUGCGAAUGGUUUCAAGUUGGUGAUCACAUCCGUGAAGGAUCCCAAGCACACGUGCAAGGACUUCACGUGCGCCACACGCGAAUUCUGCAUUAAUCCCGAUCUGCUGUGCGACGGCGUCAACCACUGUGGCGACAACUCCGAUGAGUCCGUGCAGAAUCUAUGCCAGAACGAGACGACGAGCACUGUGUUCGGCGUGGACAUGACCUGGUUUGUGCUGAUUGUGGUCGGAGUUUUGCUGGUGCUCAGCGCCCUCAUUGUGGCCAUCGCGAUCUGCGUGUGCCGGCGCCAGGACGAGAAUGCCGCCAACCAGAACACCGCGCUGCAGCUGCAUCACAAUGCGGAGACGAACGGCUCGUCCAAGCAUCUGCAUUACCAUGGCGUCGGCAUGGGCAUGGGCGUCGGCAUGGGCAUGGGCAUGGGCAUGAGCGUUGGCGGCACGCUGACCAGAGAGCACACACAAUUGCCGCCGGUGUCGGGAAACUGGCAUCACCCUGCGGGACCAUCCGGGUACCACCGCAUUCCACACAACUACUUGAAGAUGGCCACCAAAGUCCGUCCCAUUUGGUGCUUGGCAAAUUCCGUCAAUUAGGUCAAGAUCUUUCACAAAACUCAACCGGGCACAGCCAGACGAACAUCGCCGUUGCUGGCAAUCAUCCGAAUGCCAAUGCCGCUGUCGGCGCUGCUCAAAAAGAUGAGUGGUUCGUUUAAGUACUGAACUGGUUCCGGUUCAGUGAUUCACAUGUGAAAGAUAUAGAAAUGAAGAAAACAAAACCAACUAAAUAAUUGACUUUGAGCACAAUAAUCUGCACUUAAAUAAGUGAUUUCAUGGAUAUUUGCAGAGCAUUAAAUGAAGACUGUUUGACUAAUAUUUAACAACAAGGAAUGUGGACAUCACCGCGCAGGGUGUAUAUUUAAGAGAUCUCUACUCGUACCCAGGCAGAAUCUCGCUAGCAUUGGGCAAACGUUGUGCCGCAAGAAGCACAAUUUUGUCGGAUAACCAAUGCAAUUGUAUAUAGCUUAUAUAUAUGCAUAUAUAUAUAUAUAUAUAUAUAUGAUUAAAUAUCAUUUAAUUUAUAAUUAACACGAAUAGCUAAACCCGAUACCAAGCGAGCAAACGGCAUCAACAAAUAGACAUAACAAAUAUUUUAGAUCCUAGAUAUACCGCAAACCGAAUGUGUAGUCUAAAAGGACAAGAUCCUUCCGCUGCACAACGAGUCCUUGGCAAUUCCUUUAUUACAGUGCUAUGUAACAUAACUUUCUCCAUAUUCCAAUUGUUAUUCGUUUAUUCGUUUUUCUUUUUAAAUCGCUUUCUUUUUGGUUCUUAUGUUAAUUCCAACCGAACCGUGAGUAAGCAUCAGCAAUGAAGAAACAAUCGAUGGCAUUUAAAAGAAUUUUUAAGACCGUUGAAAGUAUUAAAGCUCAAUAUGAAAGCGCUAAACUAUAAUAUAACAAGUAAUAAGAACAUAAACAUAUAACUUUCAAUGCGAACUAAUGAUGAUUUCGAAUAAAGCAGAUUGAGCUGCAUUCGAAAUACUUAUAAUAAAUUGGACACAAGAACAACAUGAACAAGGGAUGUAAAUAAUUAGUAGACAAUAUUUAAACAAAAGCAAACAACUAAAAGCAAAACAAAUCUUCAACAAUUCGACUCUCACACUUCAUUGUCAUUCUCUGUAUGGCUUGGCAUAAAGCAUAUGCAAACAUAUACAACAGAUCCCAAUAUUGUGCGCAUCAUCAACAUUGACGGACUUCAGCAUCCAUUCCACAAAAACCAAAAACAAGGAACCACAAACAUUGCUAAAUGACAAAUUUUUGAGACAUUAAAGGACAAUACAAAAAAAACACACACAAUUUUGCUCUUUUUGAUGAAACAUUUAACUGAAGAAAAAGAAGAAAAAAAAGCGACACAAAGUACAUUUUUGGGGUCAGAUACACUGGAAAAAAAGAGUCCGCAUACAUUUUUCUACAAUCAACCAAAUGUAAAAAAAAAAGAAAUAUAAUAAAAAUAAACAUUUUGCUACGAGUCGAACAAAUACGAUUGAUAUUAACUAAACUAAAUAAACUGAAUUAAAUAAACGCAAACAAUUAAAAGCAAAAUACUAAAUAAAAUGCUUCGAAACGAUUGUAGUACUUCCCGCCGUUAAUAUUUUUUAAAAGUACAUAUUAAAGUUGACUAAUAACGAAAAACAAUAAUAUUACAAAUUACAAAAAUAAAAAUUAAAGAAAACACAGCCAGCUGCUUACGAUUCGUCUUUCAGAAUACUUCCAUAGGACAGUUGAAUUUAUUUGGGUUGGAAAAGCGAGAGAGAACAAAAACAAAUGUUUAUUAACUCUUCCUCUUUGUUCUUUUAAAUACAAUAAACGUACCUACAUACAUACAGAUAAAAGUAAUAAUAACCAACUUGUCUAGGCGUUUGUAAGAAAAAAAAAACAAAUAUAUAUAAAAGCUAGCUGCAAUAAAUAAAUAAUACACAUAUGUUCCAAAAAAAACCCUAGAAGAUCUUAUAGCCAUAUAUGAUAUAUGUAUAUGUAUUGUACGAACAUUUGUUUUCUCUCAAAGGGAUCGAUUUUGCCGCCUUUCUAUAAUUUCCAAUUUUUCAAUUACUGAAGAAUUUUCAUGCUAAUUUAUUUAGUUCCUUAAGUUUUCGAAAGCUUUAUAGAAUCGUUUGAUAAUUCUUCUAGUUUUCUAUAUUGACAUUUUGGUGAAUUAACAUAAGUAUAAAAGUAAAGAAAAAACAAUUCAUACGAAUAUUUAUCGUAAAUUAUAGGCAGAUGAUAUUAUGAUAACGUGAAUUUUUAACCCAAAAUUAUAAAAGCAAAUUGUAUUAGGCGUCAAAUUUUAGAAACGAACCGAGCAAAAUAAUUCAAACAUAACUUAAAGAGCAACAAAUACUAAAAAUAACAACAAAUUAAUCGAAAUUAUUUAAUACGAAUAUUAAAAAAAAAAAAAAAAAACAUGCUAAAAUUAAUCGUAAAAUUGUUUUAUAUGCAGAAAAUAAUUGACGCAAUACAGGAAUAUUAAAAAUUGAAAAAAAAUACUUAAAACGAAAUUAUGCUGGUUGGGGCAAAAAUGGGUUGAGAUAUCCGUAACGAUUGUGUCCGUAUAUGAAUGUAGCUAAAAUAUACAACAAAUACAAUUUAAUCCAAUUAGCGAAAAUUGUGCGAAACGCGAAAAUCUUUCCCUGAGAAAUCAUAAAUACUUUCCACAGAAUUAGUUAUGAUUGGAGGAGCAGUUGAAGAAAACUGAAAGAUGAUCGCCACUGAGUACCAUAAUUAUCCCAAAAUGUUUGGGAAUAUUUCAUUUUCAAUUUGUAAAUGUUCAUAUGUGUUGAAUAUAUUUUCGAAGCUCUCUUUAUCACUUUCUCUCUCUCUCUCUCUGUCUGUCACUCUCUAUUGAAAAGACUUUGCCGCAAAUAGUUAAACUUUACGUCUGUUUGUAUGUAUAUGUAUGUAUGUACUUAGGUAUUAAAACUCUAUAAUAAAACGCUCCCAAUAAGUACUAAUUGUCAUCUUGUAUAACUAUCAACAAUAUAGUACGACCGUUUUGACAGUUAAGCAAUUCAAUUCAAUUAUCUUACACCAAUCAAAUGUUUAUUAUUAUUUGAAUAUUCAUACCAUAAAUUGUAAACAUCUAUACUAAGUACUCAUCCAUCAUGUGCAUCAUAUCAAAAACAAAAACAAAAC